ACGGCCUCGAGCUCAGUUACCCCAGGAGUCCAGAGGAGAUGCGCUGAGUGAAAACAUUUUUCAAACACUGCACAAAUAUGGGGGAGAAGAGAGCUGACUCUGCAGACUUUGUCAAGGAUUUUCAAGAAUACCUUACUCAACAAACUCACCAUGUGAAUAUGAUUUCUGGUUCUGUUGGUGGCGAGAAGGAGACUGAGUUGCUACAGCCUGCUGGUCCAGAAAAUGAUCAGAAUGGAAUGCAUCAACACGCUUCAGUUGAAGUUUCCCUGGAUGAUGGCUCUGCACUCUUAGGUGAUGGGCUAGAGAGAACCUACGAUGGAAAGCUGAAGUGCCGAUAUUGUAAUUAUGCGAGCAAAGGGACUGCACGACUCAUGGAGCACAUCAGAAUGCACACAGGAAACACCCGAACAACCGAAGUGUCUCACACUGAGGGGGGAGAAAAAGCAGAACCAGCCAAUCUUGUCAUGUGGCAAGCAGAUUGCCUGUCAACUGACAACCAAGUGGCUAUUGAGGGUGGUCUCCGAGGUGAGAAGCCCCACAGAUGCCACCUUUGCCCGUUUGCUUCAGCUUAUGAGCGGCAUCUUGAAGCACACAUGCGCUCACACACGGGUGAAAAACCAUACAAAUGUGAGCUAUGUUCCUUCUGCUGCAGUGAUCGAAGUAAUUUGUCCCAUCACCGUAGACGUAGGCACAAACUUCUUCCCUUGAAAGGAACUAGGACCUCCCUGACAAAUAAGAACAUGUUUGGAAUUUUACAGAAAAAAUCUAGCAACUCCCUGGGUUAUGCGAGACGUCUUCUGAUUAACCUAAGUCCUCCUUCAAUGGUGGUGCAGAAGCCCGAUUACCUCUGUGACUUUCCUCAUGAUAUAUCGGCUGAAUCUUAUGAGGGUUGGCAAAAGGCACAUUCUUUUGGGAUCUCAAGGGACACGCAUGAUGUUAUGGUAGAUAAUCCAUUAAAUCAGCUUUCUACCCUAGCAGGCCAGUUGUCCAGCCUUCCACCCGGAAACCAAGCUCCAGCAUCUCCCGAGGUGGUAGCCUGCAGGGACGAAAAACCGUACGUGAUUCCUCAACAGUCGACAGCACCAGCAGCUUCCAUAGUAGCUUCCAGUGUGGUCCAAAGCUCAUCCCCCACCAGCCCAGACGCGGGUCCUACACAAAACCGGAGAAACUUCAGUCCUGUGGCAGGCCCAAGUAGCGAGCGAAGUGCCCACACCAGUACGCCCAGCGUGACAAACAGCCAGCCCAGCACCCCUGCUCCUCCACUUCAUAUCCAAGAUCCUCAGCUUCUACAUCACUGCCAACAUUGUGACAUGUAUUUUGCAGAUAAUAUCCUUUACACUAUUCACAUGGGGUGCCAUGGUUAUGAGAACCCAUUCCAAUGUAACAUAUGUGGAUGCAAAUGUAAAAACAAGUAUGACUUUGCUUGUCAUUUUGCCAGGGGUCAACACAAGCAAAACUAACAGUACUUGCGUACUGGUAAACCAUUACAACCAUAUUGGACAAUUGACCACAUGUUGGUUCAUAUUUAGAGAAAUAUAUUAUUAUUAAGCAGGAUCGAUUUUUAUUUGCCUGACAUUUUCCACUUUUUCUCAACAUUGUGUAUUUUUAAAAAAUAAGUUUAGAUAAAACCAACUGGAAAUACAUAGCAGGUCAAUCAUUAUUUAAAGGAGAAAGGCAUUUGGUUGAAGCCAUUCAUCAGAAUGGGAAUAAAUUGCAUUACUGCAAUUUACAAGAAUAGGGAAACUAAGACUAGAAAAAAGGUUCAGAUGCUGAUGGGAAAAGUAUUAGGAAGAAGUUGAAUAUUUAAAACCAUAAGCUUGAUUGGAUACAUCUAGUGAAAUAAAGUGCUUUUACAUUUGAUCAUCGCAGUGUAAGCUCAGUAUAGUUCACUCGCAUUUUUCACACCUGUUUUUUAAUUUAUUUUGUUUAUCUGGCAUCCAUCUGAAUUUUGCUUUGCACCUUUUGGCACCUAUUUACAGCUCUUUGAGGUACCUUUGUGUUUAGUGUUUGAAAAUAAUAUAACUCACUUAAAGGGACACACUUGAAACUAACCCAUCUCUCUUUUGGGUACUGAUUGAUUGAUUGUGUGUAUUUAAAUUUUUGUUAUUUUAAUUUCUUUGAAAAGGUUUCCUUUGCAGGGAUUUCUGAUAUUGAUAUUAUUUGGUGAUAUGGCAGUACCAAAGUCUUAUAAGUUCUGUGUGAUAUGGCACAUCUCCAUUGCUAGGAAAACAAUUGUAAAACUGGAACACACAAAAAAUAAGAUUGCAGUAAACUUGAGAACAGAUAUUACACUGCUGGUAUUGAUGCAAUACAAGUGACAUGUUACUUGCAGAAGUACUAGUUUGGUCUAUCUAUCACUAAUAACAGUAAACAAAUUAUUUUUGAGAUGUCCCAAGUAAUUGAAAUGGUAUCAUAUCCAGUUAAGUGUUCUAUGGUAUAUUCUUCAACAGCACAAUAAGUUGAAACUGAAAUACUAAUGGAUUCACUUAUAUAUGUAUAUUACAUUUGGAUUUUUUUUAUGAUCAGAAAUAUUGAGAACUAUGUAUCUCAUUUCAAAGGAUCAUUUCAAAGAUUUUGUAUUAUGAAAUAGUUUGAACAGAAAAACAAGCCACUUAUCAAAUAUAACUGGAAUAUUACUUCUAAUAACUGCCCAUAAUUUCACAUCAAACAGGGAGGAGAAUCAGCAUUUCCUUUUAAAAUCUGGCAGAAAUGGCUGAAAUUGUUUGAAACCAAGUUGUUGUGCAUAAUCAUUCACAAUUGUUCACAUAUUGGGAUGAAGCUAACCCUAUGAGGAUUACAGUAAUGAUUCUAUAGAUAUUAAAAUUGCAAGAUUUAAAAAUUCACAUGCACAAUAUCAACCAAUAAGAAAAGCAUCAACAAGUGUAUCAGUCAUCCCUAUGUUGUGUCCAUCUUACAGAUUUUUGUGUUUUUUUAUAUUUUAUUGGUACAUUUUUUUCAUUGGUGCAAUGUUGCAUUAACUUAAUAUGUUUUUUUUGACUGAACAGAAUAGUUGCUAGGCUGUUCAUUACCUAACGACCGAGAAAACAAUGAACCUUAAAGGAGCAUUUGGAUUGAUGCAUCUUAACACUAUACUUGCAUUUAUCUGAUAUGCUUUAACUUAUUAUUUUAUUAAGAAUUGUAAAGGAAUGUCACUCCGAUAUGCAAUCUAGUUUUCUGCAUCUUUUACAAUAUAAAUUGUUUGCUCCUGCUAUAUUUUAACUAAAAUGGCUCAACAUCUUUGUUUUUUGUUUCCUUUAACAUAUGAGCCAAAUUGUUAGAAUGCAAGUAUGAAAAUAAUAACUGACUGUUCUGAAUCUAACUCCAUUUGACCUUGCAACUAAAACAUAAAAGGUUCACACAAUGUGCCCUCGUAGCAAAAAGUUAAUUUAUUUAACAAUACACACAUUAUUUUUCUGUCACUCCAAGGCUACGUGUAAACCUGGCUAUAAAACAGGUUGCCUGCUUGUCUCUACUGUUCUUUAUCGAGUCUUAUUAAUUUUGACAAAUGGAGUGUUACUUAAAAGUAAUGGAUAAAUAAUGCAUUUCAAUUGUGCAUUCCUUAAGUUUAAUUACUUCAGGUGUGCAUUUGUGGCUAUCAGUGCGAAACUUCAAGUAGCCCAAUCUGUAUCCUGAAUUUUAAAGAAUUGAGGUGCCUAGCUAAAAGGUCUUAAAUAUGAGGUGCCAUAUAGCCAUAUUAUAAACUAUUAGUAUCAUCCUUCAUUUGUGAAGUUGUACAUUCAACAUAUUUGGUGUUAAAACAAGCUACAUGUAACCACAAAGUUGCAACUUAUUUUCAUGUAUAUUUAUUUCACUCCUCAGUAUUGGCUUCCAUUUAUGAAAUGUUGUGGACCUUUGUACAAUAGUUAGUGAUACAAAUUUGAAAAGCAGGUCGAUAAGGCUCUGUCGUAGAUUGUGCAGUGGCUUUACCAAUUGAGCAGUUAGGGAAAGUUCACUGGCAUUUACUUUAGUUGUCCACAAAUUAGAAAUGUUGAUGGUGGUGGGAGGUAGGUCAGUGUGCCAAGAGAUUGGGAUGAAGCAAACAUCAAUAUUGUGUGCUAUCCAUAUGAAGGAAUGGUGAUUUCCACAAAAUCCAGUGGCCUUUUGAGGCAAGUGCAUGUGUUUAUGUGGGAGUGGACAGGAUUUGGGCUUUCAACUGUGAUGUCCUUUAUGAUCUUAUAGUCUGCUGACAUUAUCACAUGUUCAUAUUAUCAUGAGAGGAGUGGGAAUUUCAGAAGAAGGAUGCAAAGGAUUGAUAAAGAGGUUUUGAAUCUGGGAAAAUAUUUGUUCCAAAUCUCAUUAGCGCAUUAUUCACAGCUGGAGUUGUUCCACCAAAAACCAGUGCGGUUUUCAAUUAAAGGUUUGUUUCCCUGGUCACAGCUACAACCAUUGCAAAUUUAGAAUAUUCCAAAAACUGGCUUUUAUAAAUCCUAUUUCAUUGGAAGCAUCAUAGUACUAUACAGAGAACUAUUUAUUGUAAUUUUGCUUUGACUACACUGCCUUACUUCAAAAUCCAGAUUUAUUUUGAUAUGUAAUUAAAAUUACUUCAGCUUACUUUACAUAUUGCAGUAACAAAGUAGUUAACCUAAUUUUAUUCAUUCCAAUAUCUAUGUGCAUUAUAUUUUGAGAAUACAUGCUCAGCCCUACAUUUAGAAUUAUUGUAUCAGUUCAGAUUUUUAUUAAUAAGCUGCAGUCUUAAUGUUUGAUCUUUACCUUCCUGUCUUCCUGUACGUCCUCCAUUCCCCUCCCUGCCCCCCUUGAAGGCAUUGAGGCUUGUUGGUUGUGCACUUCUACAUGCACUGGGAAUCUUUCAGUAACUAAAACCUUAACAGCAGCUAUUCUUAAUGUGUGUGCACAGUAAAUCUUGGCAGGCAAUUUGAUGGCAGAGAGCAUUGCAUUCAAACUCAAUUCAGCAGUGGUCAAGAGUAGCAUUCAGGAGAAUGAACCCUGGCUGGUUUUCCCUAUCCCAGCCCAGGAUUAGCGAUAACUGCUGUCUUAGCUAAGAUCAGUUAACUCAGGGUAGGAAUUGAACGUGAACCCUUUUGGUCUGCAUAGCUCUGCUGAUCCGGGCGGUUCCUUCAUCUACAAAAUCAUUGGGACUCUACUUAUUCUCCAAUUUUCUAAGCCUGAGAAGUUAAUGCUAUAACCUACGGAAUAUAAUUAAUUGGAAAAUAUAUCUGAUUAAAUUUGUGCAGCGCGCUUCCUUAAUAGACCUGAAAUUGGUUGUUAUUUGGGGCAUUUCAAUCAUUUUUAGCUGUACGCAAUAUCUUCCUUGGUAAUAGCUUCGGGUUCAACCAGUUCUCUUGAAACGAUUGGUAAUUAUUCCUGGUCCAGUAUAUUCCAUUGUUGAAUUGUGUAAGUAAAUAUCCAGUAACUUGCUGAGACACCACUGAGACAGCACUUUUGAGUCAGUUCAAGUUGAGGGUUGAGUUUUUUGGCUUGAUUGUUCCAAGCCAUUGUGAAUAAUUAUGCUUUGUUGCCAAUGUUGAAGUUCUUAAACCAAAUUUGUUUGUUUGUUUGUGCUAUAUGAUGGGAUUCUGUUACACAUCAGUAACUUAUGUAAUACGUGAGUGCUGUAUUUUUCUUUCUCUAAAUGUGUUGUCUUUCUGUAAAUGUUCUCGAUAUCUUCCCACGUUAACAAAUGUAUACAGACAUACAAGUGAAUUUAGGUUCUGUAAAAUUGUGAAUAGAGUUUGUUGAUGUGAUUAAAUUGCUAUUUAACAGGUUACAGCUAAAAAGACUACAAUAGUACGAGUGUUUGUUGAGAGGCAAACUAAGUAAACAAGCUCUGGUGUUUUUUCAACAAACAUAUGUACAUUGUAAAUGUAAAGUUCUUUAACAAUCUAUGUGAAAUUAUAUGUACUCAGUGGUCCUAGAAAUUCCUGACAAAAUGCACUGUGCAGUGAUGUUAAUUAGCAUUUUUUCCCCCAAAAAUCAAUUGUUAAAUCAUGUAAAAUAUAGCAGAGCUGACCUUAAAUUUGAUUGUUUUUUGAGUUGCCUUUUUAUAUAUCUUUUCAUGUUUUUGCGUUAAUUAGUUUGAUGUAACUGAAAGUUGUACUCUUUGUACAAUAAAAGUAAUUUACUUUU